UCUGCAGAACCAGCCAUGGCUGCUGCGAAUCCAGCACCAUCGCUCCUAGCUGAACUGACUUGUUCGGUGUGUCUGGAUUAUUUUAAAGAUCCAGUGUCUCUAGAUUGUGGGCACAAUUUCUGCCAGGCCUGCAUCACUCAGUGGUGGGAGGGAUUGCGUACAAACUUCCGCUGUCCUGAGUGCAGAACAACCUUCUCCCAGAGAAACGUCAAACCAAACAGACAGCUGAGGAACAUCGUAGAAGCUUCCAGAACGCUUACUCUGGAGUCAACAAAAGAACCAGAAGUUGAGAGAGUGGGUUUAAAACGCAAGAGGACUUUCGAUGUCUUCUGCCAAGAGGAUCAAAUACCCAUUUGUAUGGUUUGCCACCUGUCCGGAGAUCACAGAGAACACACUGUGGUUCCCAUAGAGGAGGCUGCCAAGGAUUACAAGGACCAAAUUCAGAGCCGUUUGGCGAUUUUGAAGAAAGAGAGAGAAGAGAUUCUGUCAUUUAAAUUUAACGGGGAAAGUAAAAGCCGGGAACUGCUGAAACAGCUAGAAACUGAGAAGCAGAAGAUUGUGUUUGAAUUUCAGCAAUUGAGCCAGUUUUUGAAGGAACAAAAGCGACUCUGGCUGGCCCAGCUGGAAGACCUGAAUAAAGAAAUUAAAAAGAGGAGGGCUGAGUAUGUUGCCAAAUUAUCUGAGGAAAUAUCUUCUUUCAGCUCCCUGAUCCGGGAGAUGGAGCAGAAGUGCCAGCAGCCAGCGAGUGAAUUCUUGCAGGACAUCAAAGGCACCUUGAACAGAUGCGAGAGGAAGAAGUUUCAGAACCCAGUGGCCUUUUCUUCUGACCUGAAAUGGAGAAUCUGGGAAUCUUCUCAAAGAAAUGCAUCUCUGGAGACCAUAAUGAAGAAAUUCAAAGACUCACUGUCAUCUAGACAGCGGUUGGACGAAGCGAACGUGACUCUGGAUCCAGACACGGCACAUCCUGGCCUCACCGUGUCUGCGGAUCGGACAAGUGUGAGAUUGGGAUGCACACGGCAGGAUCUGCCCAACAACCCUGAGAGAUUUGACACUGCGCCCUGUGUGCUGGGCUGUGAGGGAUUCAUCUCCGGCAGACAUUCCUGGGAGGUGGAGAUGGAGGGGAAGGGAGUCUGUGCUGUGGGGGUGGCCAGAGAGUCUGUGAGCAGGAAGGGAGGGAUCCAGGUUAACCCUGAGCAGGGGAUCUGGGCUGUGGAGGGCUGGGGGGAUCAGUACUGGGCUCUCACGUCCCCUGAGCAGCGCAUCUGCUUGUCCCUGAGCCGGGCACCCCCCAGGAUCCGGGUUUAUCUGGACUAUGAACGGGGGCAGGUGAUGUUUUUCGAUGCUGGUCGCAGGGACCCGAUCUUCACUUUCCCGCCGGCCUCUUUCGCCGGGGAGAGAAUCCGCCCGUUCUUCCAGGCUGGUGUUAGUGUCCCGGUCUUUGGGGUUCUUGGUACUGUGCGGCUCACACUGAGUCCCUGA